UCCUUAGUGAAUUAUUAUAAAUUAUGUUGGAUUAAAAAUACUGCUGCAUUUUACUGUUGUAAAGAUUUACAGGGCUAUUUGAUGCUGUCUAUGAAACACAUCAUGUUUUGCAAAUACUUUUACAUUUUCCAAUCCUGUGUCAACGCUGCGUUAUAAAACCAUGUUGUUGCAGUAACAUUACGUGAAGUACGUCCCUCAAUUGUCUGCUGCGGAAUUACUAUGCCUGGCUGUGAUUGGUCGAAAUAAGCCACUUUCGGAUCACGUGAUAUUUCCGUAUAAGCGCCCGUUUAUUGGAGAAUGGAUCUGCAUCGUCAUGACAAUGAUAAAGCCAUCUUUUGUACACUAUCACAUAUAAAGCUUAUUUAGCCACAAAGAGAAAUGUACACUGUCUGAUUCUAAACAAACUAUUGGUGUAAAGGAAAGAUAAAACCUAUUCGGAGCUAACGUUGACCCUGAUGUGUUAACUGUCACUGCUCCGUAUCCGCUCCUCGCCUCCUCUCCUCCCGGGUAUCUCAGCUCCGGAGUCGCUAUGGACGGCCCUCUGCUCCCGCUGAUCCUCGUCCUGCUGUCCGCCUGCUCGGCUGUCGGAGACCCGGCGGGAUCCGACCAUGUGGACGGAGCUCCGCCUUCUAAAAUAGCGGUGGUCGGGGCGGGGAUAGGCGGCAGUGCCACAGCACAUUUCCUGCGGCAGCACUUUGGCCCUGAGGUCCAGGUGGACGUGUUCGAGAAGGGAGAGGUCGGAGGUCGUCUCGCCACCGUAACCGUCAAUUACAACGACUACGAGUCUGGAGGAUCCAUCAUUCACUCCCUCAACCUCCAUAUGCAGGAGUUUGUCAAACAGCUAGGUUUAAAGUAUCGCCGCAACGUGGCGGGAAAGACGGCGGUGUUUAACGGCGAGGAGAUGAUCCUGGAGGAGACCGAUUGGUACCUGCUGGACCUGUUCCGGCUGUGGUGGCGCUACGGCAUCAGUUUCAUACGCCUUCAGAUGUGGGUGGAGGAAAUUAUGGAGAAAUUUAUGAGGAUCUACAAGUACCAGGCCCACGGCUACGCCUUCAGCUCUGUGGAGGAACUGCUGGACUCUCUCGGGGGGAGUGGCUUCAUCAACAUGACCCGAAGGCCGCUCUCUGAUUCGCUGCUGGAGCUGGGUGUGUCGCAGCGCUUCAUCGACGAGGUCAUCGAGCCCGUCAUGAGGGUCAACUACGGACAGAACGUCAGCAUCCCCGCCUUUGUAGGCGCUGUGUCUCUGGCUGGUGCCCAGAACAACCUGUGGGCGGUGGAAGGAGGCAACAAGCUGGUGUGUUCUGGCCUGCUAAAGAUGGCCAACGCUAACCUUCUGCAGGCACAAGUCAACUCCAUCUCACCCCUCUACUCAGGAGAGGCUCCUCAGUACCAGCUGAGCUUCACCACAGCGUCAGAGACGAAGUCGGAGCUGUACGACAUCGUGGUGUUAGCGACUCCACUGCAGGCCAGCGUCAGAUCCGGAGUCCAGUUCCAGGGUUUCACCCCUCCCUUCGACGAGCUCCCUGGUAACUACCACAGCACUGUAGCAACCAUCGUCCAUGGUUACCUUAAUACCUCUUUCUUUGGUUUCCCGGACCCUCGCCUCUUCCCCUUCGCCAGCGUCUUGACAACCGAGACGCUGGAUGUGUUUUUCAACAGCGUGGCGAGUGUUUGUCCGGUCAACAUCUCCACGGGCUUCAGGCGUAAACAGCCACAGGAGGCCGGAGUCUAUAAAGUGUUUUCUCCACAACCUCUGGUGAAGGCUCAGCUGAAAACAUUGUUCAGGUCGUACUAUUCGGUGCAGGUGACCGAAUGGCAGGCCUACCCUUGUUACGGCAGCAGUCAGGGACUCCCCCCUGUGGAGCUCCACCCAAAUCUCUACUACCUCAAUGGCAUCGAGUGGCCGGGUAGCGCCAUGGAGAUGAGCUCAGUGGCGGCCAAAAACAUCGCCCUGCUGGCCUACCACCGCUGGAACAGACAGACGGACAUGGUGGACCAGAAAGAUCUGAUGCACAGGGUCAAGACUGAACUAUGACCGGGUAAACUGGAAGCAUUGUAGCAUCACAAAGCUGGUGUGCUGGAAAAUGUCUGUGUUAAGGUACAACAUUUUAUAUUUGAAUCGUGAUAUGUCUCAAGUAACGAAAUGUACUUCCGAGUUAUUUAUUACUGAACACAUCUUAUACACUGAAUAUAUGAUAGUAGGUUGAUUAUAAUGUUGCACUGCCUUAUCUUAAAUAAAUGUAACCAUGCAACAAAGAAGCUAGUAAAUAUCAAAAUAGGGCUGUACAAUAUUUCAGCAUCCAGCGCAUGUGCGAUAUUCACAUAAAAUAAAGUAAGUAAAGCAAAUUAACUCCAACACGUCAUGCUAAAAUAUGUUUUUAGGUCAAAUUAAAGGAAAACAUUUCAAUGACUGGACAACAGGAGAAGUCUGUUUGAUAUAACAUAAUUUACUCUUAAUAUUGAGUGACAUGCACGCUCACAUUAAUAUUUGUUCCCUUUAUCAAACAACCAAAGUGGGCCCCGCUAGUCUCUUACCACAACCCCAAAUAUAAUUGAAGAACAGGUCAAAGACAAAUGCAUCUUUGGUAUAGUAUGGAAAUACUUUGGCUUAAAAAAGGAUGAUGCACAAAAACGGUGUAAAAAGUCCUCUAUUUUUUCUUUAUGAUAUUGCAGAAAUGUCAACAUUUUCCAAUACUGUGCAGCCCGUUAUGAAGGUCAAAUGAAGUCUAGCAUUCUAAUCACAUCCCAACUAUUUUGCUGAUUGCUUCAUUGUCUUUGCCAAAGAGACAUUGCAGACAUUUUGCCGGAUUGGUUGAGGAUUGAUUGCUAAUGCUAAUUGGCAUGGAUACUUUUCUUUGGCAAGACGUAUAGAAACAAAGCAACCAUUGAAAACACCAGCUAAUAUGUAUCUCUGUGGGACUGUUGCGUAUGGGAUGGAUCGCUUAUGCGACUGUCUUGUGGCACAAAAACCAGCCCUCUGUCAUAUAAUCAAAUAACAUCAGCGCUGCUUUUACUGUAUACGUUGAAGGACUGUUUGUGGACACCGAGGACUCAUCUAGUAAUGUCAGUAGGAUGUUGGUAAAUAAUUAAAACUGAUUCAGUGACUCAUGGUCGUGGCCACUGGCGCUAUGCUCUAUUGCCUCUUUCAUCAGAUGAUUUCAUUAUCUCUACUUCCUGCUGCUUUUGUUGCGUAAUCCAGCGGAAAGAAUUUUUUCGGGAACAGAGCCAACGAGCUUUCACACUGGAACAGAUGAAAGCAGAGGACAGAUCUGUGGAGCUGCUGCCUGAUUACAUGUUUUUUUUUUUUUUUAAACCAUUUUGACUUUCCCUAAAGCUUUAUUGAAAUUCUGCAUUUUAAAUAAGUGUAAAACUGAUGACUCAUGAAGUUGGACAUUUGCUUCUGGAAAUGCUAAAAAUGAUGGUGUGGUGGUGAUGAGAAAAUUGUUGAUUAUCCACAUGAGGCUACAUUUAAAUUUAAUUUAUAAUGAUGGAUUCGGACGGAAGUGGAUUUCUAAAAACAACACUUUAAUCUUGUGGAAUUCAAAACGCCACGUUGGCGCCAGAAAGAUGGUGGUGCAGCUGAACGGAGGAUUGUUUAUCUUUUUCAAAAUGAAAGGUCUUUAUUAGCAGCAGCUUCUGUAGAACAGUCAUAAAUGUCUGGCAGAAGUACCUUUUUAAGAUAUGCUGUAAAAUAAACAGGAUGCACGUAUUAUCAAAGCAUCUUUUGGACUGACAAAACGAUUUGAAUUCAAGGUCAACUUUGUAUAUAUAUCAACAGCAUCUUCAGGAACUUAAAAACGAAGUGGUCUCCAAGCAUUUUUGGAGGUUGUGAUGAUGAAAAUUUAAGACAAAGAGAGAAGAGAAACCUUGGAUUGAGAUUAUUUUGUCAAACAACACAAACUGUUCACACCCUAACGCUGCUUCUCUAUGAGCGUAGCUUUCUGCUCUGUACUGCACAUAUCAACCCAUUGUAUCUUCCUGAUGAACAGAACCAUGCAGCUGUUAUAAUGAAUAAUGUGCACUCUUCUGACUGUUGAUCAAAUUAAAGUAUUGGACCGUACAUAUUUCCCAUA